GGCGAAAACAGAUCAGGAAAGGGGCGGAACAGGCUCGCCUCUCCCCGUCUCCAUUUUGCUCUUCGUUCUGAGCGUCGGUGGUCGGAGGGGACGCCGAGUUUCUUAGCCACAUUCCAGAAUGUCAUACCCAGGAUAUCCUCCAUCAGGCUACCCAUCUUUUCCUGGUUAUCCUCCUACCGGACAGGAGUCUGUUUAUCCACCUGCUAGCCAGUAUUCUUACCCUGGGGUGCCUGGAGGCUUCCCACCUGUGGGAGGCAGUGAAUAUAAUGUAGCUCCACCAACUGGGGAAUUCCCAGGGAAUGCAGGCUACCCAACCGCACCUGGUGGGUAUCCUCCUGCAUCCAUUGGAUACCCUGGACUACCUCAGCCUGGUGGCAUGCCAACGUAUCCUGGAGGUGCUGGUUUUGGAGUACCCCCCUCUGGCUCUGGUUUUGGCUAUCCACAGCUUCAAUCCCAAACUUAUGGUGGAGGUGGUAUACCAGCUGGGUAUCCUGGUGGACAAACACCAUCAACACCACUGCAGCCUGCAGCAUUAACUCAGACCAUGCAAGGCACAAUUCGACCAGCUCCUAACUUUGAUGCAGGGAGAGAUGCAGAAAUUUUGCGCAAGGCUAUGAAAGGAUUUGGUACGGAUGAGCAAGCAAUCGUUGAUGUUGUUGCCAACCGUUCAAGUAAUCAGAGGCAACAAAUUAAAUCUGCUUUCAAGACUAUGUAUGGCAAGGAUUUAAUUAAAGACCUGAAGUCAGAGCUAAGUGGAAAUAUGGAAGAACUGAUCCUUGCAUUGUUCAUGCCACGUACCUAUUAUGAUGCCUGGAGUUUAAGGCAUGCAAUGAAGGGUGCAGGUACCCAAGAAAAUGUAUUGAUUGAAAUUCUUUGUACAAGAACAAAUCAGGAGAUUCAAGAAAUAGUCAAAUGUUACAAGAAUGAAUUUGGAAGAGAUAUUGAGCAUGAUAUUCGGGCUGAUACCUCUGGUCAUUUUGAACGAUUACUUGUAUCUAUGUGUCAGGGUAAUCGGGACGAGAAUCAAACUGUAGAUUAUCAAAAAGCUCAGCAGGAUGCGCAACGACUUUACCAAGCUGGGGAAGGAAAACUGGGAACAGAUGAGUCUUGCUUCAACAUGAUCCUCGCAACCAGAAGCUUCCCCCAGCUGAAAGCCACUGUGGAAACUUAUUCACAGAUAGCUAACCGUGAUUUAUUAAGCAGCAUUGGCCGGGAAUUUUCAGGAAAUGUAGAGCGUGGCUUGAAGGCUAUUUUACAAUGUGCUCUAAAUCGCCCAGCCUUUUUUGCAGAAAGACUUCAUCAUGCCAUGAAAGGAGCUGGCACAGAUGAUUCUACCCUGGUUAGAAUUAUUGUAACUCGUAGUGAGAUUGAUCUUGUACAGAUCAAACAGCUGUUCACACAGAUGUACCAGAAGACUUUGGCCACUAUGAUUUCAAGUGACACAAGUGGGGAUUACAGACGGUUGCUCUUGGCCAUUGUGGGUCAGUAGGAAGCACUCUCAGAAAGUAAAACAAGAGCUGCAAACAGCCGACGAUCACUACCAGCUAUCAAGAGCGUAUAAAAAUAUAAAUUAUCCUAGACAAUUAAGUAUGCAUCAGGUUCUUUUAUUUUUCACAUAUAAUUGCUUUAAUUUAGCUCAUCAUGUACUUUACAAUAAACCUGCUGCCUAAAUGUGCCUGUUCUGUAUUGUCACAAAGGCUGUUACUUAUUUCAUACUCCUGUGUGCAUUGCAUAAUGUUGUUUACUCUGAGAAAGGAAAUGAUAAGAGCUACACUCAGACAAUGUAAGCAUGUUCAGUUUUUGAAAUUGUCCAUAAAUUUUGAAAUUAUGACAUUGUGCAUCUUUAUUAUGUCUUGUAAAAACCCAAACAGAGUAUAUUUCCCAUGAAAAGCAGUUUUAUAAUUUUUCAAAAUACUAUUGUAAAAAUUUCAAUAUUCCAAUUUUAUUUAGAACCUUGGUC